AUGCGUGUCUCGCUAUCAACAACACUUGUCUCGCUCCUCUUGCCCUCUAUCGCAACGGCUACAGUGUCACGAGCAACAUGUCUGCAUCUCAAGGCUGACGACUUAGCUGAUGGCGCAGCCUGUGGCAAUAAGGCGGCCCUGCGAAACUGCUUCGCCAAUGCUGGUGAACCAAUUUCGACCAGCACUCUUGAGAAGUGCUUUGUCAGUGCUGGCUGCACAAACGACGAGUCUGUCUCUGAAGCCCGUUGGAUGCUCAAGUACUGUGACAGUAACCCCGAUGAGCUGAAAAGACGGGCAGGACCUGAACCGGUCCUCGCUCGAGCAACAACCGAUACCACGGCGACUACCGAUGUGACGACUACUGCAGCAUCCACAGCAACAUCCUCAGCAACAUCCACCGCGACAUCCACAGCAACAUCCACGGGAACGACGACGGGGACAAGCACAACCGGCACGACGACAGGCACUGCCACCUCGAGCCUGCAAUGCUCCACGGCAUCUGAGUACGAGACGACAGCAUGCGACUCCACCAGCACGAAUAGCUGCUCAAGCGUCACCAUGACGACGUCGGUGUGUGCCGCCGCUAACAUCUGCUCUACCGACGGCACGGGCUGCAUGCUCCGCGAGGACAACCUGACCACUUCGGGUGCCAUCGUCACCGUCUUCCUCGCCGUUGUCCUCACCGUUGCCAUCACCGCCAUCCUUUUCCUCUGCUGCCGCGACCGCCGCGAGCAGAAGCGCCUCCACGCCAAGUCCGAGGCUGCCGCCAUCGCUAAGGCUGGUGGCGUCCCUAGAGAAGAGCCAGUCCGCCAGUCCGCGAGCGGUGCCACCGGAGCGAACCCCUUUGCAGGCUGA